AUGGCAGGCCCUGCGUCUCCCGGCAACGACGGCCCAACCUUUGCGCCCCCGCCGCUCCCAGCCGGCUGGAUCGCGCAAUGGGAUAACGCCUCCAAGAAGUACUACUACGUCCAGCUCUCCACCGGUGUUUCACAAUGGGAGACUCCUACAGAUCCAGCUCCCGUUGGCGCCACCCCCGGAGCCGCUCAUGAACACCCGUACGGCGUGCCCGGUAGCGACGGCGACAGGAAACCCGAGAUCAUCACUUACCCAGACGGCAGCCAGAGCGCCAAGUACCCUGAUGGGAGAGUAGAGCCGGUUGCUCCUCGAGAGGAUGGUACGAGGGGAAUUGGAGGCCCUGAUCAGGACAGAAGUUUGGGUUCCUUCAUCGGAAACACUCUCAUUAGCAACCUCGCCGGCGGAGGCAAGCAGUCCCACGGAAGCAGCAGCGGUGGUGGUGGUGCAGGUGGCCUGGUUGGUUCCCUGCUUCAGGGUGUCACGGGCGGCGGCGGCCACUCCUCUGGCGGACACGGAAACAGCAGUGGAGGUCUCGGUGGUAAGAUCGCGUCCCAGCUUGUCUCGGGCAUGUUCUCUUCCGGUGGAAACAACAAGCCUUCGUCCUCGUCCUCGUCGUCGCAGCAACACAACUAUCACGGAAACCAGUCAUCUUCGCAUGGCUCUUCGGGCAGCCACGGCGGUGGUCUCGGUGGCGUUAUGGGCGGCAUCGGUAAUCUGUUCGGAAACAAGCCCAGCUCCAGCUCCGGCUUCGGCUACUCCAACUCAGGACAAAGCGGUUCCUACAGCGGCCAGACACCUCCCGCGACAUACCAGCAAGCCACGUCUGGAGGUGGCUCAUCCUCCACCUACCAGACGGCCGGGCCUACAUCCCAAUCGCACCAGUCACACCACUCGCACAGCGGCAGCAAUACCCCUUCCUACGGCGCAUCCGGCCAACAUGCCCCCUACGGCCAAAACCAGCACGGCCAGCAGCCUUCCUACGGUAGCACCCCCUCCUACACCUCACCUCCGACUGGCCAGCAGCCCCAGUAUGCUCCUCCCCCGGCUGGAGGACCGCCAGGACAAUAUGGACAGCAAGGGCAGUACGGGCAGCCUCCGCAGCAGCAAUAUGGGUACAACCAGGCCCCGUAUGGCCAGCCGCAAGCAGGAGGCUACCACCAGCAGACUCCCUCAUACGGACAACCACCGCAGGGAGCUCCCUAUGGCCAGCAGCAGCCUCCGUAUGGCGGACACCAGGGGCAACAGCAGCAGUACCCACCGCCGCCUAAUACCUAUGGCCAGCCGCCUAGUGGUCAGUAUGGUCAACAGCCUCAGUACGGCGCGCCGCCGCCGACGUCGCAACCCCAGUAUGGCGGGCAGCCGCAGGGGCAAUACCAUUAUUAGGAAGGCCAACCUCAUGAUGAUGGACUGCCUUUGAUCGUGAAGGUCGCAGGCAGCCGUCAGCACUAGGUCAACCACGUCAGGUUUGGGGGGGAAUGGAAGAACCGCCAGCGAAACAAAUGAGAUAUGGAGGUUCAGUUAUGAAGAUACCAAGGACGUAGAGGGAUGAUGGUCAGACAUGGAGGUACAAUGGACGCAGCCGAGCAACAAGGCUUUUUACAACCAAGUUAUCGUUUUGAGAGAAGGAUAUGAAAACGAAACAGGAUGAGCUAGGUAUUUUGAAGUUGUCGAACAUCUGGGCCUGGAGCCGGAAUCAGUACGCCAACAACUCUGGGUGACACCAAACAUGCCGCAGCAAA